UAUCUCCUUUGUCUCCGUGCAGAAUUCUUCUCUUUACUUUGCAUACAACUCCAUUUCUCUUCCAAAACAAGAAGUAAUCGCCACAUUUCAAUUUCUUUAUCUCUCUCCAUGGAUUCAACCCUUUCUGAAGAAGUUGCUCAUGACUUCUCUCCCUUACUUCGCAUAUACAAAGAUGGCCACGUAGAGAGAUUAGCUGGGAAUGACAUAGUCCCUCCUGGUCUAGACCAUAAUACCCAAGUCCAAUCCAAAGAUGUCAUAUACUUACAAGAAGAAAACCUCUCUUCUAGGCUUUAUCUCCCAAGAAAUGCCAUUAACUCUGACAAGAAACUUCCUCUUCUUGUUUACUAUCAUGGUGGUGGCUUUUGCAUUGAAACUGCUUUCUCUCCACUAUUCCAUAAGCAUCUUAAUAACUUAGUUGCAGAAGCAAAUAUUAUAGCAGUUUCUGCUGAAUAUAGAAGAUCGCCAGAGAAUCCUCUUCCGAUUGGAUAUGAAGAUUCAUGGAGUGCACUUAAAUGGGUUGCUUCCCAUGUUAAUGGAAAUGGACCUGAAGAGUGGUUAAAUAGCUAUGCUGAUUUUGGAAAGGUAUUUUUAGGUGGAGACAGUGCAGGUGGUAAUGUAGCACAUCAUAUGGGUAUAAAAAAUGGGAAAGGGAAAUUGUUAGGUGUAAAUAUUAUAGGUAUUGCUUUAGUGCAUCCUUAUUUUUGGGGGAAAGAGCCUAUAGGCAAUGAAGCUAAAGACAGUGAAAAGAGAUUUCUCGCUGAAGCUCUAUGGCAUCUUGCCUGCCCUACAACAAGUGGGUGUGAUGAUCCAUGGAUUAACCCCCUUGUUGAUCCUGACUUGGGUAAGCUAGGGUGUAGCAAGAUUCUUGUUAUGGUUGCUGAGAAGGACUUGUUAAGGGAUAGAGGAUGGCACUAUUAUUAUAAAUUGAAAGAGAGUGGAUGGAAAGGUUUAGUGGAGAUUAUGGAGAGUAAAGACGAGGAUCAUGUAUUCCACUUGCAGAACCCUAGUACUGAAAAUGCUCUGGCUGUGGUCAAAAGAUUGGCUUCUUUCAUCAAUGAAAAUGCAGCUUAAUGGAUACAAUGGAUGCCCUUCAAAAAUAAACGGACUUGCAAUAAUUUUAAAAAUUUUGGGCCUUGGUUAUUAUUGUAAUAUAAGAAGUUCCAAGAUAUUUUAUUUUUAGAUGUAUCAUUUCAUAUGCAUGUUGUCCAUUAAAAGUUGGAUUGGUAAUGGAGGAUGUUGUCUUGUACAGGUCAAACGAUAGGGUUACGGUAUCAUAUGAGGAUUCGAAGCUAAUUAAGGACAGCGCUAGUUGCAGAUCAA